GUACUGGCAAUAGUCCAGGCUAUAACGCAACGAUUCAGGGCUAGACGCACAGUCGAGUUUAGACGCGCAAAGAUGCAGACCACUAUGACUCGCCCUUGCCUUGCCCAGCCCGUGCUGCGAUCUCGUGUGCUCCGGUCGCCUAUGCGGGUGGUUGCAGCGAGCGCUCCUACCGCGGUGACGACAGUCGUGACCUCGAAUGGAAAUGGCAACGGUCAUUUCCAAGCUGCUACUACGCCCGUGCCCCCUACUCCCGCUCCCGUCGCUGUUUCCGCGCCUGUGCGCGCUGUGUCGGUGCUGACUCCUCCUCAAGUGUAUGAGAACGCCAUUAAUGUUGGCGCCUACAAGGCCGGGCUAACGCCUCUGGCAACGUUUGUCCAGGGCAUCCAAGCCGGUGCCUACAUUGCGUUCGGCGCCUUCCUCGCCAUCUCCGUGGGAGGCAACAUCCCCGGCGUCGCCGCCGCCAACCCCGGCCUGGCCAAGCUGCUAUUUGCUCUGGUGUUCCCCGUGGGUCUGUCCAUGGUGACCAACUGCGGCGCCGAGCUGUUCACGGGCAACACCAUGAUGCUCACAUGCGCGCUCAUCGAGAAGAAGGCCACUUGGGGGCAGCUUCUGAAGAACUGGAGCGUGUCCUACUUCGGCAACUUCGUGGGCUCCAUCGCCAUGGUCGCCGCCGUGGUGGCCACCGGCUGCCUGACCACCAACACCCUGCCUGUGCAGAUGGCCACCCUCAAGGCCAACCUGGGCUUCACCGAGGUGCUGUCGCGCUCCAUCCUGUGCAACUGGCUGGUGUGCUGCGCCGUGUGGUCCGCCUCCGCCGCCACCUCGCUGCCCGGCCGCAUCCUGGCGCUGUGGCCCUGCAUCACCGCCUUCGUGGCCAUCGGCCUGGAGCACUCCGUCGCCAACAUGUUCGUGAUUCCUCUGGGCAUGAUGCUGGGCGCUGAGGUCACGUGGAGCCAGUUCUUUUUCAACAACCUGAUCCCCGUCACCCUGGGCAACACCAUUGCUGGCGUUCUCAUGAUGGCCAUCGCCUACUCCAUCUCGUUCGGCUCCCUCGGCAAGUCCGCCAAGCCCGCCACCGCGUAAGCCAGCUGCCGAAAGGCGGCUACAAGCUUCGCCGGUUAAGAUGGCUGUAGCAUAGCGGCGCUGCCGGCCGCAGGCUGUGGCGGCUGGCGGCUGCGCCGGUGUACGCGAGGUGAUGCCGAGUGAAGUGAGGCGUUUCGCGGGGUGUUGCAGGUGUCUUGUUGUGGGUGUGAUUUUUCGUCGUAUUCACAGCUUCUGCCGGGCCUGCUGCAUAACCUGCGGCGCGCCAGGGCGGGGUUGGGCACGCAGCCCGCUCUGCGAAGAAGAGUUUUGUUGCGGGUCACAAGAGAGACAUAAGAAUGAUGCAAGCUGUGGGCACUUUAUUUUACUGGUCUGAGUGUGUUAUGCAUCGUGCGGGGAAGUGAAGGUCGGCGUCAGCAAGCUCUUUACGCACACGCACAGGGUGUGCUCAUGUGGUUUGAUUGUGUGAGAUUUGAUAACGGCAGGACCUCAACACGCACUGCGGAACCGUACAUACAGAGGAGAGAACGCAGGUGCGGCACUGCACACUUUGCAGGCCCACCCAAGUAGGUAGGCAGCACAGAUUACACAGCACACUGGUGCUUGGCGUAGUGGGAAUGACAUGGGAUAGGAGUAGUUGGGUAGACACACUAAUAGCUGAGUUGGCACUGAUAUCAGACGCAUGAGGCGUCGAAGUUGAGGCAGGUUGAGAGCUCGCGAAGAUGAGACAUACACAAUCUUCAGCAGGUUAAAGAGUAGGGUUUGCUGCUCGACACAGUAUCGGGGCACGACUCAUGGCAACAACUGGUCAGGGACUGCGAGAGUCCCCGCGCUCCAGUGUAAACCGAUGCACGU